UUAUUUUGCUCUGGUGGUAUGACGUCAUAAAACCGCGCCACGCUGUGAUUCGACUGGAGAAAGAAAACUGAAGUUGAGAUCCAGGUGACACACUAUUAUAAAGAUGGCAUUUAUUAAGGAGGAGACUGAAGUCGUCACUGAAGAACCAUUCAGAGUCAAACAAGAAGAUUCUGAGGAACAAACAAAGAUGGCGUUCAUUAAGGAGGAGAUUGGAGAUGUGAAGAUUGAAGAAGUAUUCAGUCUGAAACAAGAAGAAAGUGAGGAACAAACAGACCUGAUGCCAUUGAAAGAGGAGAUUCAAGAGCUCAAUGAUAUGGAAGAAGAAUAUCAAUGUGAGAAACCUCAUCAGUUCAUGACUGGAGAAAAAUAUUUUAGUGACUCAAACAUUGAAAAAACAUCCUCACAAAACAAAGGCCAAAUGAAAGAGCAAACUGGAAAGAGCCCUUUCACUUGCCAACAGUGUGGAAGAAGUUUCAAUCACAAACAAGCCCUUAAGAGGCACCUCAAAAUUCACACCGGAGUAAAGCCUUUCACUUGCAAACAGUGUGGAAGAAGUUUCAGUCUCAAACAAACCCUUGACAGGCACAUGAACAUUCACACUGGAGUGAAGCCUUUCGCCUGCCAACAGUGUGGAAAGAGAUUCUCUGACAAAACACAUCUCAACACCCAUGUGAGUCUUCACACUGGAGAGAGACCUUUCACCUGCUCUCAGUGUGGAAAGUGUUUUACACAGAAAAAACACCUUAAUAUCCACAUGAGUCUUCACACUAGACGAUGCCCACACACCUGCAAACAGUGUGGGAAGAGUUUCUCACAAAAAGGAAAUCUUAAGACCCACAUGAGAGUUCACACUGGAGAAAAGCCAUUCACAUGCGAUCAGUGUGGAAAGAGUUUUAAACAAAAAAAAAACCUUAAUGUCCACAUGCAAACUCAUACUAUGAGAUUUACAGAAAACCUUAACAAUCACAUUAAGAUUUACACAAGAGAGGGGACUUUUAUAUGUCAUCAAUGUAGAAGGAGUUUUAAAGACAGCAAAUGCCUGAAGAAUCAUGUAAAAACUCACGCUGGAGAGAAGCCUUUCAUGUGCGAUCACUGUGGAAAGACUUGCGCAAACAAACCAAACCUUGAGAAUCACAAGAGAGUUCACAGUGGAGAGAAGCCAUUCAUCUGCCCUCAGUGUGGAAAGAGUUUCCUGUACAAAGGAAACCUUAAGAUUCACAUGAGAGUUCACACUGGAGAGAGGCCUUACAAGUGUCUUCAGUGUGAAAAGACUUUCAUGUAUCACUCAAGCUUGAAACGUCAUUUAAAGACUCGGGCCUGUUUCACACCUCAAGCUUGAGCUUCAUAUCAGCAUUGCUGCAGCUGCAGACUCGUGAAGGUAUUCACUAGGGAUGUGUGGGUCUAGUUGACUAAACGGUACAGCUCCAGCUAGUCGACACUGGAAACAAUUAGUCAAUUUAACAAGAUAGAGAAAUCCAAUUUUUUUUCAUAAAACUGAUUAACAUAAUAUUUGUGUUACAUUAAAUAAGUUAAAAUAAAACGUUUGGAAAAAGAACACUGUUUCAAAGGUGUAUCUUGGCGGAAACUCAGUUUUUACUUCAGAUCUUGCAUGCAUUUUCUUUGUGUCUGUAGCAGCAAGCUCAAAAAUGAUCAAAUGGAAGAUGAGCAAGGAUUGUUAAGAAUGAGAAGAAAACUGUCAAGUUUUGUGUAAACUGUGUAAUGUCAAAUUGGCUUAAUAACUACUGGAGCGAUGUGUAAUCAUAUUCAGCACAGGCACUUAAGCGUUUAGCUUCUGCUCUCAAUCAGGAGAGCACUAGAGUGACUGUAGCAUUGGUUUCGACAGUAGUUGAACAAUAAUUUAAAACCAGACUGUUUAGACCUUAGAAAUCUUACUUUUUCAACAUGGUAGACCGCUGCUGUGUGCCAGGAUGCCAGAACAGAUGGGAUAAGGCUAGGGUUGCCAACCGUCCUGGCUAAGACAGUCCUGGUUAUUGGUUUUGUUUCAUGGGUCCCAUAAGUGACCUCUCUUGGCCCAUUUCUUGCCCCUUCACGAAGUAUCGCUCGCUCACAAUACAGCUAAAGUACAGUUUUUACUUCAGUGAUUCAGGUUUGGCAAAUACAAACAACAUGAUUAUUUUUAAGCAGUCCAACAUCCAGCUGUGCAAGAAAAUAUGCAAUCUACCUGAGACGUGAUCAAUAAGGGAAGCCGUCUUUCACUAUUGCAAAACAGAGAAAAAAAACAUUUUACAUUUAAAGGGGUCCUAUUGUGCUUUGUCAUUUUUUUAGUUAGUAUGUAAUGUUGCUGUUUGAGCAUAAAAAAAGACCUACAAAGUUACA